ACUGUGAUAAACACAUAAUAACCACGGUGAUAAAUGUUGUGUUUAAAUAACAACAAGAAACAGUUGUACUAUAGUUGGCACUUCCAGGUCACUACUACUAAUACUACUACUAAAACCAGCCUGUACAGACACUAGCAACUAACGUUAACUCACUACAGCUGCAAGGAUGCUCUCAUAAAUGCUAGCCAUAUCUGCUGGGAGACGAAAACAGGACGGAGGGAUAUGGAGGUCUCAUCUUGAGCUAUCUAAGAAUGGACAGGAAGCACAAAGAAGAAGGAGGACCCAGUCCAGACUAGAAUUUGUGACUUGCAUGCAUCUUUAUGCAACACCACAGACUAAAACUCAGCUCGGCUUAAAGAGAGCGGAUGUGAGGCUUGUUUGUUGUGCGCGAUCUGUGAAUGGCGCCGUUGGAAGUUGUAACCUGCUUCAGGAUUUUACAUUUAUGUGAUCUUUCAAUAUGAUCGUCCUUCAGACAGCAGAGGAGGACAUUUUGUAACAAGCUGCAUUACCUUUCACCAUAACCCACAAACACCCCGACAACGGAACUGACUGAGAUACAUGCUAAUGGAGGAGGAAGACGUGUGCUCCUCACUGCCAGAUAUUACAGAGUCAGUCCCUCAGCAGCCUCAACAAGACUCAUGGAGCCCGAUAGACCACCUGCACAUCAAUGGAGAACAGCAGGCCAUUGUAUGGGGCGAGACAGAGGUACAGAUGAACCAGGCAGACGGGACAGAUCAGCUCAGUCUCUCCCCGAAGGCAGGACGAGACACUUCUGAGGAGGCAGAACAGUGGGAGCAAAUAAUAUGGCCGGUGCACCCCAUGACCUGCACCAGUCCCCUGCUUUCCUUUGCCACAGUGCAGUGGGACAUGCCUGAUCCCACAUCUCCACUCAUGACUGACAGCAGCUUGGCCAAUGAGCUGGACUCUGGCAGCGUGACGAGGGUAGGCACCACUUCCCCAUCACUUCACCAAUCGCAAGACGUUAAUGCUGAGCUUUUCACACCGGAGGCCAUAGAGCAAGAAGAUGGGUUUGAUUUACAACUUCUGAACUCAAAUUUAGAGUGGACAGGAAGCGGCUCUGAGGCAUGUGAUGCUGCAGAUGUGCAAGAGCCGACGGCACAGGAAAAGCAAGAUUCAGCGCAUGAGCUGUUAGACGGUAAUAACAAAAUCCCACUGACGACAGAAUCAGAAGAAGAGGAGGAACACUCAGCAGCCUCAGAUCCCGUUGAAACUGUGGACUUAAUUGAUGCUCUUGAAGAGACUGAAGACUCAGAAGAUGAGGCAGACAGUUUUGAAUAUUUAAAACUUGAAGAGGAACAGGAGGAGCCCAGUGUUCUGCUGACUGGACAGGGCGACUCAGAGGAAGAGCAAACUUCAACGACUGGUGUUGAGACUGAAGAAGAGAACGAGGAGGAAGGUGCUGUAGAGGAACAGAGUGAGACAAACGUAUCCUGUACUGAAGAAAGUGAAGAGGCAAAAACUGUCAAUUAUCCGAGUGAUGUGGAGGUUCCUGCCGAGCCACUACAAACUGACGAUACUGAACCAAGUGUAAACCCAGAUAAGCUAAUUCACCUGCAGCAGUCAGAGCUUUUGGAGGAAAGACAACACUCAGGGAGUGAAGAGGACAUAGAGCUACUUGAACGGUUACAUGAAGAUCCCACAGGACAAACUGAAGAGCCAGAAAUGUACAAAGAUGUAGAUCAGAACGUGGACGCUGAACAGUCAGAGGCUGUGCACGACAACGAAGAAACAUCGAUACAGGUGGCAGAUAAUGCAGAGAGGAUAGAUAACUCACAAGAGAUACUAGAGCUGACUGAAAAACUGGAGGAGGUAAGUUGCUCACAGCAUCAAGUUUGUGACCAAACUACUUCGCGGGAGCUGUCACCACAACCUGAACACUCUGAGUCCGAGCAGCUUGAAAUGACUGAAGAGCCAGCACAAAUCCAAGCAGAGGUGUCACAUCGAGCAGAAGACCGACACUUUGAAGACCAGUUAGGACAGUCGCAACAUCUGGAACAGUCACCGCAGAUGGAACUGACAGAAGAGUCGACCCAACCUGAAAAUGCCGACCUGCCAGAGGAACCUACCCCGUCACAGCAGACAGUUUAUGUUGAAGCUGAAGACCCCGGACUGGCAGAGCAGCAAGAACAGACGGAGCCCUCAAAGCAGAAUGAGCCAACGGCUGACUUGUCUCAGCCGGCGCUCUGUGAGCAGCUCGUGCGACCAGAGAAGACGGAUGAGUCCGAAAUAACAGAGCAGCUGUCGGCUGAGACUGUGGUCACGCAGGAGACAGCAGAGGCCGAGUUCAAUCAGGUGGACGAACAGGCUGAGACGUCACAUGAGGCUGAAGAAGUCGAAGGUAAUGAGGAUGGAUCUGUACAAACUGUUGGAGCCAAUGGAGAGCAACCUAAACCCCCCGAGACAGCAGUGCCUCUUAUGAAUGGAGUUGAGGUAGACAGAGAGAUGGCCUGCCGCCUCGCUGAACGGCUGUACAAGUUGGAUGGGAUCCAGCGUAUGGACGUGGUGAAGCACUUGGACAAAGAUAAUGACUUUAGUCAUGCUGUCGGGGAGGAAUACCUCAAGUUUUUUGACUUCACCGGGCAAACACUUGAUCAUGCCAUCAGAUCUUUCCUGAAAGUGGUGAUACUGAUAGGGGAGACCCAGGAGAGAGAGCGUGUGCUGCAGCAUUUCGCCUGCCGCUUUCAUCAGUGCAACCCCGACUCCUACUCCUCUUCAGGGGCUGUGUUGGCUCUUACAUGUGCUCUGAUGCUUCUAAACACUGACUUGCACGGACAGAAUGUAGGAAAAUCCAUGUCCUCCUCUCAGUUUGUGGCCAACCUGGACUGCAUGAAUGAAGGAGAAAACUUCAGCAAGGACCUCUUGAAGAGUCUUUAUAAUUCCAUAAAAAGUGAACCGCUGGAGUGGGCCGUUGAUGACGAGGAGUUGACGAGCUCCGUGUUGCUGGACGAAGAUGCAGGAGAUAAUGCGCCGCUGCGUUCAAAAGCCAACCCCUUCCAGGACGUUCCUCAUGAUGAAAAAGCCUCCGUGGUCAAAGAAGGAUUCCUCCAGAGGAAGCUCCACGCUGACAUUGACGGCAAACGCACUCCUUGGGGGAAGAGAGGCUGGAAGACCUUCUACGGAGUGCUGAGGGGAAUGGUCCUUUACUUACAGAAGGAUGAUUAUAGGAGGGAUCAGCUGACUAAUGAGGAGGUGGUGAGCGUGCACCACUCUCUGGCCGAGCAGGCAGCCGACUACACCAAGAAGCCGCAUGUCUUCCGUUUGCAGACGGCUGACUGGAGGGUUUUCCUCUUCCAGGUCUCAUCCAAAGUGGAGAUGAAUUCAUGGAUCAGCCGCAUCAACCUGGUUUCAGCGCUUCACUCCUCGCCUCCGUUCCCCGCUGCCGUCGGUUCUCAGAGAAGGUUCUUCAGGCCGAUCCUACCCGCCUCGCAGUCCGUUCAGACUCUGGAACGUCAGCUGCAGUCUCAUGCAGGAAUGCUCGAGUCCUUCAAGGCAGACCUGUCGUACCUGCAGCAAAACCUGCCAGAAGGCAAAAAAGCCAAAGCCAAGGAGCUGGAGGAGCAUCGCGUCAGAGCAGAGUAUCUGCAGCACGAGAUGUGCCGCUAUGAGAUCUACAUUCAGGGCCUGGAGGCCUGGAACAGCGUGAAGAAGACGAGCGACGGCGUGUUGAGCGUCGCAGACCUCAACUUGUUUGAUAAAGCCAUGUCUGCUGACUCUGUGGGGGAGGAACAGGAUGAGGAAGACGGGCUGAAAAAGUCCUACUCCAGCCCGUCUCUGGAGCUUGAGCUUCCUCCUCCGACGGUGGUCAAAGUCAGACGCAACAUCUCAGAAAGACGGACUUAUCGCAGGACCAUCAUUCCCCGAUGGAAUAAAGAGGCCUGAAAGGGGAUAACACGACCAGUUAACUCCCGCUGUGAGCUGACGGGGCUUCAGGUUCUUAGUUUGUGAAGCCCUGAGCAGAGAAACUAACACCAAAGUCAUAUCUGAAAUCUGCCUCAGCCAGUUAUUGUUCUGUUUUUUUGCAUUUUUUAUCUUUUUGCACUUUUUGAAAAAUAAAAAGAACCUCAGGAAACCCCUAACCCUCAGUCUCUCCAAGAAUAAAGGGGGGGCCUGACUCAAAGUGUCUGGACCUAAUUUAUUUAGUUUUUUUUGUGUUAACUUUGGUCUACAGUAGUACCCAAAAUAGUACACAUUUGCUUUGAUUUGUUGUUUUCCUUUAGGCAAAAAAUGUGCCUUUAAAACAUCAACCACUAGAGGAUGCUGUAGUACAGCACAUCUUACAGGGAAUGGAGGCGGGCAGGAUGUGAUGUCAGUUAGUUUUAAACUUGUUUUUUUAAAGAAUCCCAAUUGCACUUUUAUUGUUUUUAGUAUUGUGUAUACAAUGUAUUCAUGACCUUUGUGUCACCGUUACAUGUUUUCUGUCCAAAUGAAGGGUUCAUUUCCAAAAUGUUAUGUACUGUUUCUCACUUUAGGGAAAAAAAUAAAAUUGUUAUUGUGCAGUA